AUGUACAAUAGUUUCUACACUCCUCCACCUGAUAACUCAACUAAAAUCUUCUUUGAUGGUGCCAUCUCCUCCACUCAAAAAUGUGGAGCCGCUGGUGUUCUUAUCCAAUCCGAACAUGGUACUUUUCUACGUGGUAUUUCAAAGAAACUGCCGGGAAUUGUUGAGCCUGAACUUUCUGAGACCCUUGCUUUACGUGAAGCCAUGUUAUUAUGCCAGAAUCUCCAACUGUCUAAUUUUGCAAUACUUGGAGAUUCUUGUCUUACCAUCCUUACUGCUCGUGGUGACAUUGAUCCUCCCUCAUGCUCACCAAUCCUAGAAGAUAUCUCUCGACUGGCAAUAAAUUAUCCCAUCCAUUGGCUUCUACUGGAUAGACCUGGACCGGAGGCACAUGAAACGGCCAUUUGCCGUAACAGCCACAACCAGGAGGAGGUGGCGGUGGUGGAUUACUUGGAGGAGGUGGUGGUGGUGGAUGACUUGGUGGAGGUGGUGAUGGCGAUGGUGGCGGUGGAGGAUGACUUGGUGGUGGUGGUGGAUUACUUGGAGGAGGUGGUGGUGAUGGUGGCGGUGGUGGAUGACUUGGCGGAGGUGGUGACGGUGGUGGAUGACUUGGCGGAGGUGGUGACGGCGUUGGUGGCGGUGGAGGGUGACUUGGCGGUGGUGGUGGUGGUGGAUUACUUGGAGGUGGUGGUGGUGAUGGUGGCGGUGGUGGAUGAGUUGGUGGAGGUGGUGAUGGCGUUGGUGGCGGUGGUGGUGGUGGUGGAUUACUUGGAGGAGGUGGUGGUGGUGGUGAUGGUGGCGGUGGUGAAUGACUUGGAGGAGGAGGUGGUGGUGGUGGUGGUGGUGGAUGACUUAGAGGAGGAGGUGGUGGAGGUGAUGGUGGCGGUGGUGGAUGACUUGGUGGAAGUGGUGAUGGCGAUGGUGGCGGUGGAGGAUGACUUAGCGGUGGGCGUGGUGGAUUACUUGGAGGAAGAGGUGGUGGCGGUGAUGGUGACGGUGGUGGAUGACACGGAGGAGGUGGCGGAGGAUUGCAUGGACGAGGUGGCGGAUCAUGCCAUCGAAUGA